AUGACACUACUACGUCCAGUAACAGUUCAGCAGACAGAUCAAAGGAUGCAUGUGAUGGAAGCAUUGUAUAAUUGGAGUAGCAAGAUGGUGCAUAUGGAAGCGAAAGAAAAAGGAUUCAGGCCCGAGUGGUGGUUAUAUCUUUCCAGCAACUUUGAUCUCCUCUCCGAAAUCAGAAUACCUGAGAUUGGAAAUGGAGCUGGCUCCAAUAUUGCAAAUGGAAACACUGGUGGAUUAGGGCAUUCAAAUCCAUGGUUUACUUUUCAAGAACUAGUUGAAGCUACUAAUGGAUUUUUAGAGCAUAAUCUAUUAGGUGAGGGUGGAUUUGGUUCUGUGUACAAGGGAUGCCUAGCAGAUGGGAGAGAUGUAGCAGUAAAGAAGCUUAAUAUUGGCGGGAGCCGGGGAGAGCUUGAGUUCAGAGCAGAAGUUGAAAUCAUCAGUCGGAUACAUCAUCGACACUUGGUUUCACUUGUAGGUUAUUGCAUUUAUGAGAGCGGAAGGCUCCUUGUCUAUGAAUUUGUCCCCAAUGAUACCCUUAACUUCCAUCUUCACGCACAGGGGAGACCGGUUAUGGAUUGGGAAACACGCGUUAAAAUUGCUGUUGGUGCAGCCCGUGGAAUAGCUUAUCUUCAUGAAGAUUGCUGUCCUCGCAUCAUCCACAGAGAUAUUAAGUCGUCUAACAUUCUUUUGGAUAACUACUUUGAUGUUCGGGUUGCUGAUUUUGGAUUAGCUAAAUUAGCCCAGGAUGCAGAAAGUCAUGUUACGACACGUGUUAUGGAUACAUGGCCCCGGAAUAUGUAUCCAGUGGAAAGGUUUGUGGCUAGGGGAUGUCCUUUUCGUUUUGGUAGACGUGUGGACCAUAAGUUCAUCAUUUGUGUCUUAUGAAAGGACCAACCAGCUUUUCUUUUUGACUUAAGUAAAAUUAUUCACACUGCAGUAGACAAAUAAACGCAG